AUUCCAUUUGUUCCAAUAGUGGUGUCUGAGGGGAUAAAAAUUGUGUCAAAAAUAGUGUGCUUUAAAAAAGAAAAAGAAAAGAGAGAGCCUAAAACUUUAGGCUUUUUAUAUGAUUGCUUUCAGCCUAACCUGAGACUACAUAACUCCUUGGACUUUGUAAGAGAUUAAAUUCAGUCCCAGGUAUUUCAGUGUCUACGAGCCGGACAGAAACGUGCUGCGCAGGAAAGAAUGGGAAAGGAGAAAUCAGGAGGCCCAGCAGGAGGAUGGCACAUUUAACACCAGUUACUCCCUCUUCAGUGAACCAUACAAGACUAACAAGGGGGACGAGCUCUCUAAUCGCAUCCAGAAUACACUGGGCAACUAUGAUGAAAUGAAAGAUUUGUUAACCGACCGAUCAAACCAGAGCCACCUUGUUGGGGUUCCAAAACCUGGGGUUCCUCAGACACCUCUCCCCAAGCCCGAUGAACUUCUUAUCGCAGACUCAAGACCGCCACCUCCUCCUUCCAUUUCCAACACUUCUUCCGCACCAACAGCCCUACCUGCGCAGCAGAGCAAAAGCACCACGAUGGGUUGGCAGAAGGCUGGGCACAAUGCUGCUUCAGAGGGUCAGCAGAGAGCCAGCAAGCAUGGACACCGCUCACUGGAGUCCCACAAGGGUGACUUCAAACUGGCAAACCAAAAAUCCAGUCUGGAGAAACUGAAACGCUAUGCAUCUAGUCCCACCUCCUCCUCCUCCAAUGCUGCCCAGCAAAGCUCACUGAGGGCCACACUAGGUGACAGUGUCAGCAGAGUGCAGCAGCCAGCAAAGUUAAAUUGUGGCUCAGAAGGAGGAGCUCAAGUUCAGGAGAGACCCUCAAAGCACAGCAGUGGGCACUGUGUCCAGAACUUCCCACCAUCUCUUGCUUCGAAGCCCAGUCUGGUUCAGCAGAAACCAACGGCUUAUGUAAGGCCAAUGGACGGUCAAGAUCAGGCCCCUGAUGAGUCUCCAAAGCUGAAGUUAUUGACAGAGACAACCAAGUUGUACAGGGGAGUGCCUUCUAACAAACCUGAUUCGGCCAGGACCAAGUCAAAGAUAACGAAGUUCAACAUUCCUAAGCAAGAAGAGGUAUGUGUUUUGAUGCUUUUUAUGACAUCCUAUCCUGAAUAG